AUGCGCGAAUUUGAGCACGGUACGCGAAAAGAGCUCCAAACCUCACAACGCGUCAAGACUACCAUUGUCAUGGCCAAGUACGGUGACCUGCCUCCAGAAAUCAUUAUCAGAGUCGCUUCUUGCCUUACCUUUAACAGUAAGGACAUUCGCGCAUUAUUAAACCUCUCGCAGGUCUGCAAGAGCACCUAUGCCGCAAUUCAGGGUGCACAGGAGCUCUGGAGGGCUGCCUAUCUUACCUAUUGGGACUUCGAAUCGGCUGGUCUCCGGGGAAGGACAUCAGACCUCUACAAUCGCAAGGAUCCUCAAGUGUCUCACGGAUGUACACCAGCCCUCGAGGCAGACUUGCCGCGAACAGCCUUCUACAAGCGCCAGCGUCUUGACUUGCAAGUAGUCUACCAUAUCGAAGAAAUGGUUCGCGGCACAUUUGGAUACGCACAUGAAGCGGAAGCCUUGGUGAAGAUUGGUAUGAACGCAGCAGACAUGCUUGGCAGAGUGCGUACGGCCGCAGCUGGUAUGGGACACUACGAAGUCAGGCUUAUGUGUGAGGAGGUUCUUCAUGGCAUCAGCUCGUCGCUUGGUGACCGUCUUCUCAAGCAAAUAUGCACUAGGCCCAAAUUGGCACCAUGGCGAGACCAGGUCGGCGUGGCUGCAGAAGCAAUGGAUGGCUUAUUUGCAGUUGGUGCCUACCAUUAUUUUGGUGGAGUGCGUCCGGAUUUGAACAUCGAGGACCAUAUCAAGUUCAUGGCCGACGACGUUAUGAAAAAAUGGCCGCAUGAAAAGGGCUGCAAAUACGCAAAGGACGUCACCAAGAGAUGCGUCUGCUUAACGAGCGUCGACGGACCAGGAGCCUUCCGCGCAGUUGAAGCAGCUUUAUCCGAUUACAGCGUCACUGUAGUCGACCCAAGCUCUAGUGGCUCCAUGCAACCCAAAAGCAACUAUCUCGGUUACUCGCUCGAAUAUGAGCAACCAGUUACUCCACUAGUUGUCGUUUGCCUCUUUUGCGCGGUAGCAAGACACCUUGGCUUGGUCACUGAACCAGUCGACUGGGCAAUACACGUUGUGGCCAGUAUUACCUUCAAGGAGAAUGGUGUGGAGAUCGAAAAGUACUGGUCUCCUUACGUCCAUGGAGAAGUUCAUCCAACUGGCGAGAUCUACACUCGCGAGGAAUUGAUAUACGCUGUGCGCGACACCUUGGGAUGGUCGUACAUUGAGGCGAACGAUUCCCUGAACCCUCUGGACGGGAUUGGAGCUGCGAGACGGACAGUUGACAACAUAUCAGAUUGCUUGGAAGCUGCCGAACGCAGACCAGAAUUGACAAUUUGCAUGUCAAUGAUGAAAACUCUGCAUCGGUGCGGCGAACCGCUUGUCACAGAGCCGUAUGAUUUUGCGAAUAUGCUGUCCGUGGGGGAUCUCCCGACUUUCGGGGCCUGGAUACCGGAACUACGUGAGAUGGCACGACGAGGCGGAUUUGAUCAGUCCUCAGCCGACAGUGCACUUCAUCAUCUGGAAGCUGUGCGAAAUGAGAUGAAUAAGCCCAUCCAAGUUGCGCCACGCCAAAAGCCAGACCAGCCGAUUAGAUAUGCUAUUGGUUCCGUUGUCAGGCACCGCAAGCAUAAGUAUGCCGGCUUUAUCUACGCACAUGAAGAAGAUUGCAAGGAGAGUGAAGCUUGGCAACGGGAAAUGCGCAUACACAAGCUGGAAGGCGGUGGUGCCAACCAGCCAUUUUACCACGUCAGGAUGCCGGAUGGCCAAAGCAUGUAUAUGCCCGAGGUCAACGUUGAGUUGAUGACUUGCCCUCGCUGUGGCGAUCGAAAUGCCUUGCCGACCCAGGGACCGACUCCCUUGACAUCGGAGCUGACUGCUCUGUAUAAAAAAUUUGAUGACGAAGUCGCCAUCGGACGCUACGUCUCCCGAAAGAAGAAUUCAGCUGGCAAGUCAAGUUCCAUGGCUCUGUACAAUGAUCUGCCGCCCGAGAUCAUUGUACGCAUUGCCACUUACCUGAUCGGCACUGGCGAAGGAGCUGAAGUAAAAUCCUUCUUGCGCCUGACUAUGGUCUGUGCAAGCACGCGCUCUGCACUUCGAACCUCUCAAAAGCUUUGGAAGGAUGCCUAUACUCACUGCUGGAUCUUUGAGAAUGCGGGUGUGCGUGGCAGGACGGCUGACCUCUACAAUCGCGAAGAUCCGCAGGUAUUUCCUGGAUGCACGCCUGCCCUGGAAACAGAUGCUCCGGUAGCGCCUUACUUCAACGUCGAGAAGAAGAUCGAAGACAUCGUCGAGCUUGUUUUCCAGCGUUGGCGCCACGAGAAGGACUGUGAUUUUACAAAGACUGGCAAACUCAACUGCCGGUGUUUCAAAAAUCGAGAUGGCCCGGCUGCAUUUCGUGCUAUUCAGGAAGCAACAUAUGAGACUGAUCUGUGUGCUAUGGGUCCGGACAUUUUUGAAUUCUCGGAUCUUGAGUGUCACUACCUUGCAGAACCUUUGUUGAGUCGACAGCCUGCUUCUGCCAUCGUCCUCGCCGUCAUAUUUGGUGCUAUCGCCAAACGCCUGGGCCUACUCGCGGCGCCUAUAGCGGCUGCCUCGCUCGUCGUGGUCAAAAUUUGUUACAAUCAGGAUGGAACCGAACGUCAAAGGUAUAUGGCACUGUGCAGCGACCAAAUCUAUACUUUCGAGGGACUUAUCGAUUUUCUGCAAGCAAGACUUGACUGCUCGCGAGAAACAGCACUGGAACACAGCAAAGUCAUGCGAGGUCCCAUGCUAGCUGCCUAUUGCGCUCGCAGCGUUCUUCGAUGUGUACAGGACGACACAGGUACGAAGUUGGCAAGUCCAGUCGAUUACCUGGGCGCUAUGAAGUGCUUAUACUGGAGUGGCCGUCCGAUGGAACAGGACCAAGUACUGCCGCAUCAAUUUGCCGAUCUUGUCGGCAGAUUUGACAUCUUCUCGUCAGCCACCUGGCGUCAAGAAAUGCCACACCUUGCAAAGACAGGUGGCUUUACUUAUGAUCACGCUUUGCAUGCGAAUGAAGUCUUGGAAGACUAUCGUCAUCUUCACAAUGGAUUCGAUCGAAUCGUUAGGCGUAACAACCCGGACAGAGCAAUUCGGUUUGCCCUUGGCUCUGUGAUCUGCCACCGUAAACACAAAUUUUUGGGCAUCGUCUUUGGCUUCGAUGACGAAUGCAUGGAAACGCCAGAGUGGCAAGAGCAGAUGCGUGUCAAUAAGCUUAAAGGCGGUGGUCCCAAUCAGCCGUUCUAUCAUGUUAGGACCAUAAGAGGCUCAGACAUGUAUAUCGCGGAGCAAAAUAUCAAGCUACUCUCUUGUGCUCGCUGUGGAGAUCGAGAAGCUCAGACCACGCAAGCCCCCGAGAGUGUGCCCUCCGAGAUCUUGGCUUUUAUGAAUGGGCUUGAAAGGCUGCCGGAAGAAUAUGAGUUGGGUCGACUUGUCAUGACAAGGAAGAAUGAUGGGAAGUGUGGCUACGUGCCCAGUAGUGCUAUACAGCACAGGUACUCCGCGAAAGUGUGGCCACGUGUGCCAAAUGCAUGCUCCCAACAAGAAGGUUGUCCAGAUCUUGGUCCGGAUGAAGAGUGA